UCGCUCACCCGACAGCUUUGACUUCCCUCCCGGGCUCCCGGCCCAGGCCCAGGCCCCACUUCUCCACCCUUGAGCGGAUGACACAGAGCUGGGCUUAGGGGAGAAGCGAGGGCUGGGGGCGCCCGGCCGGCUCAGUCCGUAGAGCGUGUGAGUGUCGAUCUCGGUCGGGGCUGUGAGUUCGAGCCCCAAGUUGGGUGUGGAGGUUACUUACAAAUAAAAUCUUAAAAAUAAAUGAACAAGGGAGAUCUAAACGUGAGCGGGUUGCCACCGCCGAGGGAGGAGCCCAGAACAUACCCACCCGGGGCUGGGUGUGCAGAAAGAGCAGGAAUCAUGUGGCUGGAGAUUCUCCUCGCCUCAGUGCUGGCCUUUGUCGUCUCCUGGUUUGUUUCCCGGGACAAGGAGGAAACGCUGCCACUAGAAGAUGGGUGGUGGGGCCCCGGGGCGAGGCCCACGGCCCCAGAGGACGAGAGCAUCCGCCCUUUCAAGGUGGAGACGUCAGACGAGGAGAUCAAGGACUUACACCGCAGGAUCGACGGGACCCGUUUAACCCCACCUUUGGAGGACAGCCGCUUCCAUUAUGGCUUCAACUCCAACUACCUGAAGAAGAUCCUCUCCUACUGGCGGAAUGAAUUUGACUGGAGGAAGCAGGUGGAGAUGCUCAACAGGUACCCUCACUUCAAGACCAGGAUCGAAGGGCUGGACAUCCACUUCGUCCAUGUGAGGCCGCCCCAGCUGCCGCCCGGCCGCACCCCCAAGCCCCUGCUGAUGGUACACGGCUGGCCCGGCUCCUUCUACGAGUUUUAUAAGAUCAUCCCCCUCCUGACUGACCCUGCGAACCACGGCCUGAGCGAGGAGCACGUGUUCGAAGUCAUCUGCCCUUCCGUUCCUGGCUACGCCUUCUCGGAGGCAGCCUCCAAAAAGGGCUUGAAUUCAGUGGCCACCGCCAGGAUCUUUUACAAACUGAUGCUGCAGCUGGGCUUCCGGGAGUUCUACAUUCAGGGCGGGGACUGGGGGGCCCUGAUCUGCACCCACAUGGCCCAGAUGGUGCCCAGCCAUGUGAAAGGCCUGCACUUGAACAUGGUUUUCAUUUUAAAUGGCCGCAUCCUGACCCUCUUCCUGGUUCGGCAUUGCCCGAGGCUCUUCGGUUUCACCCAGAGGGAUAUGGAGCUGAUGUUGCCCUUCAAGGAGAAGAUUUUCUACAGACCGCUGCGGGAGAGCGGCUACAUGCACAUCCAGAGCACCAAGCCCGACACCGUGGGUGAGCCGGCGCUCGGGACACGGCGGCCAGGGCGGGGCGUCGGUGGGGGGGGGUUGCCGAGAAAGUUCUCCCUGGACGACCUGCUGACCAACGUCAUGCUCUACUGGACAACUGGCGCCAUCACCUCCUCCCAGCGCUUCUACAAGGAGAACAGGGGGCAGCUCUUCAAGCAGGAUCGGGUCAAGGUGUCGGUGCCCACCGGCCUGGCCGCCUUCCCGUGUGAGCUGAUGCACGUACCGGAGAGGUGGGUGAAGGGCAAGUACCCGAGGCUCGUGUCCUACUCCUACAUGCCCCGCGGGGGCCACUUUGCCGCCCUCGAGGAGCCGGAGCUGCUGGCCCAGGACAUCCGCAAGUUCGUGGGGCUGGUUGAGCUGCCCUGAUGCCACGGGGGUGGCCCCCGGGGCCGAGUCUCCCUCCCCAUCAGCCACCCCCUCCCAGUGCGGCCCCCCCAUCCCCCUCCCUCUCCCU